AUGCCCAUCCCCUUAGUCGAUGGCUCUGUCGUCGGCGACGGAAGCCAACUCGGCAUCUUCCCCGCCUUGGCCGAUCAAUCUCUUGACAAGCCGUCCAAUCUGCUUCGCUCCUCCACCAACCCUCGCAUGGAUCUCGUCCUUCUCAUCGUCAAAGAUGCCGCCGCUUCAUCUGGCACAGCUGCUGCUGCUCCACCGGGCAUGUCGGUCGCGCAGUUUGCUCUGGUGCAACGCAUGCUCGCAGCUCGUCAACGUGGUGCAGCAGCAGCGAGUGGUGGAGGGGCACCAGAACCCAAACGUGGACCUCAGAUUCAUCUCGUGCUCUGGCGUAUGGGGGAUGAUAGCAGUAUCGUUUGGUCAGUGCCGCUCAGCUUUGACAAAGUCAUGGAUCCGCCGCCUGGUGCACAACGUGCUUCACAGCAAGAACACGAAGAUGUCCACCUCCACGAUCUUACCUGGAGCCCGAAAGGAGAUCGUGUUGCCCUGCUGGCCAGCGUGAGGAGGUCCCCCGUCGCCUCUUCUUCAACAACGACGCCUCGUACCAGCACACUGUUGAGGACGUAUUCGGUUCAAGAUGGCCGUUUGCUCUCCACCGUCGAUGUGCAAUCUCACCACGCAGGUGAUUUUGGCAGAAAUCAGUUCACGGACAUGAUGACACUUCAAUGGCUUGACAUCGACUUUGCCAUCUCCAACGACGCCGUUGACGGUAGCAGCGAAUCUCUCCUGGCAAAGCUGCCGCCCCUUCCAGCGCUACCCGCAGCAGACACCUUUGCAUCAGCGGGUAAUACAGGCAGCCUCAUGCCCCAUCAGCUUAGAAUGAUGCAGAUGAGCGGUCAGAAACCACCGCCUAGCUUUCAGUAUCCAUCGCAUCUUGCCUUGCAAGGCAGAGGCGCAUUGGCAAAGCUUCCGUAUCUAGCAAAGUCGAACUCAGACCUCGGGCUGCUCGAGGGCGGCGAUGCAUGUUUUACCCUGGAUGAUGACAGCGCCCUUCCGCUGUUGCCGGAGACAGUUGUGCUUGUCGCUAAUGCGAACAGUGCGCGGGCAACCCUUGUUCUUGAUGGUCAGACCAGUAUUGGCUCCCUGCAAUUUCAGCAGCAUUCAAAACAGGGCUCGAAAGCCGCAGUGAACUCAUCAUCUAUCCUCUCGCUCUCUCACGACAUGACUCAGCUCACUUCGAUCUCAGCAGGUGCCGACACGAACAUCCUCUGCAGCCAGUUGUCACUCCCCUUACCCCUCGCAACCCGCUACGGACCGUCUAGUAUCCGACAUCGAAUCUCUGCGGUCAGUCGAGCAAGUCAUCUCCUCCGCUUCUAUCUCGGCUACGCCCUCGACUCAGCCUCUGCCCUCCAGCAAGUGUACCAAAAAGAGGUUGUCCAAAAAGUUACCAAGGAAUGGACCAAAAACAUCGACGACCUCAGCUCUAAGUUUGGAGGAGACAUGAAAUAUGAGCUGAUCAACGUCCUUCUCACCGGCCGUGCUGGUCCAGCUGCUGAACAGUUUCUGCUGGCCAACUUGACAGAAGGUGUUCUGGCUAGGUUGGAACAGCAAUCCCAUACUGCUAUGUAUGCGAUCAAGAAGCUGAUUUCGGAGAGCUUGAGACCUGCGCUGGAGAGAUGUAUUGUUUGUUUGACCGGUCUGCUAGGACAGGUAAGCUUCUUUGGUGCUGAUGAUGGAGGUCUAAGGGAAGGUGUCAAGUUGCUGCAAGUUGCCUUGGAUUCCACCUUGAGUUUGGCGAAAGAUGUAGAUUUGGAAGCGCUCAUCUCGCAAGAGUUCUAUCGAUGGUUUAGGACAGAGAGAGAGAGGCAGGAGAGAAUUAAGCAGGAUCAGGACGAACCAAGGUUGCCGGUGACGUAUGAUGUGCACUUUGUGGCGAGCUACAUCGACAGAGGAUUUGAAAAUGAGCAGCUUCGAGCAAGGAUGGCCGACACUCUUUCGAGCGAGACGCUGCAAAGUUUGCUUGGGAAGUCGAGUGAGACCAGGUCGCUCAGCAAGGCGUUAGAAGAAGCGAGGACAUUUCUGGCAGCGACCUCUUCUGGUCAGGCUAAAGGAAAUGUGCAAAAGGUGCAAGGUGAAAAGAAGGCGGCGCUGGCGAUCGUUCCAGUCAUCAACAAGGCAGUCGAAGUACUGGGCGAACAACUCGUGCAUCUACUUGAUGGAGAUUUGGGCCGAGCAGAGGCUGAGAAAACAACCAUCUCCAUCACACCAGCAAUCCGAGGAUGGAGCCUAACAAAGGAACCGACUCCUGCGCUUUCUCUCUCCUCAUCCAUACACACCCAAGGCAGCACUUGCCGCAUCAGAACAGCAUCCUACCUGACCAACGAAACUCUCAUCACCGCCUACCCGCUCCAAUCCAUCCCGGAUGAUCCAGCAUCCACCACGUCCAUCCUCGCUUUACGCUUUCACGCCCUUGUCUUGGAAACUGCACAUUUCACCAUCUCGACCGACGACAACUUUUCCAUCCUCGACCUCGGCUUCUACGGCGACGCAGAGCUUCUUAUCCUGGCAACCCUCCUUUCUACGUCUACAAGCGUACUUCUCGCAUUCAAUCUCGCCGAUCUACCUUUCAGCCACGAACAGGAACAAAAACUGUUGCAACUGCCGCCUUCGCGCGCAACAGAAUUCGACAAAGACUUCAAAGCAGGCAAACUUGCCGUCAACACCAACAAACAGACCGUAGCAGUGUCGCAUGAAAAAGAUGCCAAGCGGAUCGUGUAUCUAGAUAUCUCCUUUGUUGAGGUAGGGGGGAUGCCGAUGCAGGAGCAAGAUUGA